AUGGAGCAAACAGAGGAUUUGGACUUCAAACCAGUCCAAUGUCACAACAUCUACUUUGGGAGGAGCUAUAAAAUAAUCUACUCAAUGGAUUUCAUCAAGACCACUUCGCCGCAUGCCCUGAACUGGUCCAGACGGAUCGAACCGAGAAACAACGUCCUGACCGCGCGGAACGACCAACCGAGGAACAACGUCCGGACACUCUGUCCAUCCCGCCUGAACGCACGGCCGAGCUCACAUACCAACCCGGGAAGCAUCGUCCCACGGUCGACCAAUCUGAAGUCACACAACCGUAAGCCGCGCACGACCGCACCGCGCGAGCAGGAAGGCAACGUCCCCCGACCGUGCAGCACAACCCGUGUCACGCGCACGAUCACACCGUCCGAUCAGGAAGGCCUCGUCCCACGUCCGGCCGAAUCCUUCGACCAAUAUCAUCCGUCCGGCCGAACCCGACGAAUGAACGAAGAAUUUCUCGGCCACGAUCGACCCGACCGUGCCGAUAGCCGAUCAUCACCCGAUAGCCGGCCGAACGUCCUGACCGACCGUCCGAACGGUCCGGUCGACCCGAAGCCGUUUUUGAAGCCCGUUUCACACGUUUCAAGCCCAACUACAUGA